CAACCACAGCAAGAUGGCUACGUUGCAGGGCGGGCUGCUGGGGCCAGACCCCGGGGCUCUGAGCCCCCAGCAACUGGAGCAGCUGCGAAACUUCAAGAUCCAGACUCGGAUUGCUAGUGAAAAGUACCUAAGGACCCAUAAAGAAGUGGAGUUCCUUCUAAGUGGCUUCUUCAGAGAAAUGCUUCUGAAACGACCAGACAACAUCCCAGAAUUCGCUGCAGACUAUUUCACGGAUCCCAGACUUCCCAACAAGAUUCACAUGCAGCUAAUUAAAGACAAGAAAGCGGCUUAAUUAGCAAAAAUCACGAUGUUAAGCUGUUGGGAGAGACCAGAACCAGACGGAAUCAGCCCUCGGGUCAUCUGGAAGCCUGAAAGCUGGGUUACUAUCAGUCUGGGCUUCCAAGCUGCCUUGGGCUCUGUCAACUGUCUCAAAGGCUUUUUAAGAUCUCAUUAAAACCAGACUUUCCUGCUUUCGGCUUU